AUGGCGGUUAACUUCAAGAAGUGCUCCGUUCAGCUGGUGCUACAUCUCAUCAUCGGGAUAGCAUUGGUGUUGGUGCACAUCUUCCAGUCAUGCGUGCUGAAUUACUACAUCAUCUCGCCUAAGAAGGACUCGCUGAUCGCCUACUUUUGGUUCGCGGCCGACUUCGUCAUUCUGUUUCUGUUUAUCGGCUCUCUGGCGAUCGCGCACCGGUACCUGCGCUUCAAGCACCGUGACCGUCAAGGCGAGUUCCCGUACUCGCCGAAGCGCCUAAUCCGGCGCUAUCCGCGAUCCAAGCUGGGCAUCCUGCCUCUUAGCUACGCGUCGUGGGUCGUCUACUCGACGGUGGUGGUAGCCAAGGUGGUGGUGAUCUUUACAUCAGAGAUCCCGAACACGCUGCAGCCGACGGAUCGCUGGGGCCCACAGCUGCUCAAGAUCGCGAUCGCCUCGUCUGGCGCUGUGUUCAUGCUGCUGGUGGAGGGCCACCACGACGCCGAGCCAAACUCGGCGCGCAACACCUACAUCCGCCUGCUCUGCGGCUCGACCGCGUACGAGAUCAUGGACUCGGUCCAGUUUCUCAGCCUGCUCAUCCUCUCCGACAGCGGGAUGAUUCUGCCGUUCACGUUGGAGAACACAGUUCUCGUGCUGGCGGCGGUCAACUUCCUGUUGCCCACACUGACGCUCUACAAGCUGAGUCUGUCUGACUUCGGCCUGGAGACCGGCUCGCCAUACAUCGUGCUCACCUACAAACUGUUACACCUGGCGCUUGUCAACGUCGCGUACAUGGUGAUCCGCAUCAAGCUGUGGGUGUCGCUGGGCGGUGACAUCUCCCUCUUCCUCAUGAAGAACAUCCUGGGCGUGUUCACGGCACUGUACUCGCUGUACCCGGACUUGCUACGACUGUGCGCCGCCUGCCGCCGUGCGCCGCCGCAGAAAGCCGAGCCGGACGAGCUGGAACUGGACGACGUGCACAGCGUGCCGCUCAACCGCGGGGAGCACGCCACGCCGGCUCCGCUCUGAGCGCGCGCGGCCAGGUCGGGUGUGAGGCUGACGAGCGGGGCGCAGCGUUACUCCGAGCGCUAACUGGAGGAGACUGAGCGGGAAGCUGGGAGCGCAGCGUGCAUUCGAGCACGAGCUGGGGUACAUUGGUACUGAGAAUGCAGGAAAGUGAAAAUGCAGGAGUAUGCAGUUCACACCGCGCCAAAGAACGGGAAGCUCUGAGUACAUCCACCUGGGUUGGGUGAUAGGCUCCGAGCCUUUCUUCUGACGUGAGUUGCGAACCUGAGAACGCACCUCACGCCGAGCUCGGGAGCGCUGACACAAUGUGACCCUGAGCACAGGAGUUCGGAGCUCGCCAUAGGGUAUACGACCUGACGCUCGAUGAUCUGCAGUGACACCGUGUGACGGAUCGCUGGUUUGUUGGUGACUCACUGCAAUACUGUGAUGAAUGCAAGUGGACUUAGCUUUGUUUUAGGCAUGCUUUGCAUCCAUAAUUCUUUGUGGGUUAGUGUGCUGUUGGAGCUUAUGCCAAGUGCUAGGGCGUGGAUGGACGGCGAGUGAAUUAGUUGAAGCUAGGUACCCUGUGGAAUGCGGUCUGGAUUUUAAGUGUCGUUGGAAGGGGGCAGGACGUCACAAGACAUCAGACAUCGGCGUGGCUCGUUUGUUGUCGAGACCUCAUCUACGUGUUAUCACACCUACGUGUCGGGCUAGUCAGCAGAGCGCAGAUAAUCAAAACGUCUCAGCCAGUUUGUCGUUGCCAUGGACAGCACCGCGCAAGUGGUUUUGACCGCGGCAGGUUCAUUGCGGCAUCGUACAAACAGCACGUGCUGUCGCCGGGCAACGGACUGUCUGAGGCCCAGGUGCGUGUUCUCCGGCCCCGGUCGGAGAGCGCGUGCUGCCGCCGUCCGGGUCGGCAUGGUUGAGGCUGUGGCGCGAUCGUCUAGAUCGCUGACGCAGCGCACAAACGUACUGGGCAGAGGCUGGUUUCCGACACUGCCGUCUCGGCCCGCGUGCUAGGCCGCUGAUCACAUGCGCUGAUGGCGUGGACCUGGAGAUACUGAGGUGCCGACCUACCUUUUUUUGCGCUUGCCCUUCGGUCUGAGAUUAUUUACGUUAGCGUGCAGUAGGAAGAGUAGAGUUGUUAAAUCGUUAGCAAAGCUUGCCCAUUCAUACGUGUUCUUAACACGGAGCGCGGUCCAUCUAGAAGUCUCACUUUAUUCGCAAGUAAUAGCGAAUCUCAGGACGGUUCGCUGUGGCAAAACCUGGGGUGUGCAUGUGGUUGAAACACGCCCGAUCUGCUUAGACGCGUGAAGCUCGUAACGCUUGUGUGCGCAUCUUGCACCGAUUGUGGCGUUGUGAGGCGAUCCACUGUUUUGCUGCCCGCGUUGGCUUUGUCGUGGCCUGGUGCUGUCGCUGCCGGCUCAGGGAAGCGCGCUCUACGCCGUGCUCACGUCGGUGGGACCAGCCGACAGCCAGCACAGCGAUUCGAGAUGACGUUCAGAUGGCGGCGGGUCACAAGUUGAUGCGUGGUGUGUCGUAUGCAGAGUACGUCUGAUGGCGACGUACAUCUGUGGAGUGCGUGUUGCUGUGGUGCGCAGGAAACUGGCCCAGUCGUCGAACAAGAUUUGUUACUCUGCUUGUCGAACCAAAGCUGGCGGAACUAUCGCCGCCCUCUACUUUUGCGUAUUGUUGAAUUUGGAACAACAUAUAUAUAUAUAUAUAU